GCGAACGGCUGAUCUGCGCCGAACAUCGAUUAGAGCUAUCGCAUGAUGGUCUCCCCCAAGAACCUCGAGGCGUCGACCAGCACCGUCCCCAACAUCACCAUCCCCGCCACCCCGCUCAUCACCGCCGCCCUAGCGUACGUUCGCGAGCUCAGCAACUCUUUCACCUACAAUCAUGUGGUGCGCUGCAUGCUCUUCGCCUUGCACAUUGGCGCUCGCCACCCCGCCGCCUUCCCUAGUUUUGACGCUGAGCUCGUCGCCCUCGCCUCCAUUCUGCACGAUCUCGGAUGGGAGACGCUGUCUGAGAACGCCAGCACGACCGCCGCCGAGCAAAAGCCUCCCAACCCGCUCAUCAGCGGGGACAAGCGCUUUGAAGUCGACGGCGCCAACGCCGCUCGGGCCUUUGUGCUUAAGCACGCCCCUUCCGCGGCGCAAGACGCGUGGCCCACCUCCCGCCUCCAACUGCUAUGGGACGCCAUCGCAUUGCAUACCAGUCCCAGCAUCGCGUUGCACAAAGAGCCUGAAGUACGGCUGAUUGCAUUGGGACCCUUUCUUGACUUUCUCGGACCGGAUACUCCUAUCCCGCUCCCAGUAACCGGGCUGCAGGACGGCGAGCAGAUAGUCCUUGAGCGGGAGGUGUGGGAUGCGGUGGUGGGAAAAUAUGGAAGGGAAGGGUUUAGAAGCGGCGUCAAGGAGAUGAUGUGCCACUUUUGUCGAGUGAAGCCGCAUACGACGUGGGAUAAUUUUGUGGAAGAGUUUGGGGAGCUAUUCGUGGACGGGUACGACAGGGCUGGGAAGACGAUUGCGCCACUUCUUUUGGGCGCGAAGGAAGCAGAGUAGAGCGUUGUUGCAGAGGAUACGAACUUAUCAUAGCGUUAGAUAGGUGGACUCUCCAGUGCAGGGUCGGAUUGCCCCUCUCUUUUUGCGGAGUUGCGCAGAGGGGCCGGCACAGGGGAAAAAAGAG